AUGGCUGAACUGGCUCUGGGUAUUGCCGGCGUUGCUGGCACAGUCGACGUCUGUAUAAAGUUCGGGAAAUAUCUUAUCAAAGCCUACAAGGACUAUGGUCAGGCUGAUGCAUUAGCCCACGAGCUGUCAGUAAGAAUCCAGGUUUGCUGGUCUCGAAUUGCCAGCCAGCUAGAGAUCGUCAGAGAACUCGAGGGUAGCAUGACCGAGGAUCAACGGGAGCUACAGUCGCACAUAUUACGCAUCUUGCAGUCUAAGCUUGAAGCUGCGACAGUUGUCAUCUCCAAGCCCGAUAAGCAUGGUAGCUCAAGAGGAUACAGGGCUCUGCGUUUCCUUAACCUACGAGAAUCCCUCGAAAGCACCGUUACCGAUCUUGAGUCUUGGCAGAAGCGGUUUGAGCCAUCGUGGUUCCAGAUUAUAAAAACCGGCCCGACUAACACUGAAAAUGUGUUGAAAAGGGCUACUCUAACCAACCCACGAGACCGAGGCGAGCCAGCUCGCGAGGGCUUGAAAUUUCGCGAAGCCUUCAACAACAGCGAGACUGUGAAGCUAGCAGAAAAGGUACUCGAGAACCUUGAGAUGCAAGUGAUCCCAAAUUGUGAGGCCGAGCUUGCAGUCAAGCUGAAGGAGAAUAAAUACUUCAUCAUUGAUACGGUUUCUCGGGAUACGGUUGCAUUGAGAGAUGCUCGGGAGCUUGCAUCACGUCUCCGAGACUCGAACCCUUCAACUUUCGGGACCUUGAAAUGCAAAGGAGUUGUUCAACCUGCCAGGGAGCCGUCCCUAAAGUUUGUCUUUAGCGUCCCUGACGGGUAUUCCAGGGUCCGGAGCUGCAGGGAACUUCUCCUCUCUGGUCCUACCAACUCACUCACCACUAGACUCAAAAUCGCGAGGCAGCUUGUCACAGCAGUCUAUUACGUUCAUUUAUACGAAUUUGUUCAUAAGAAUAUCACUCCGGAGACUAUACUCAUCCUAGAGUCUCCAAACGAAGAGCAUGUGCAAAUGCUUGUGUGCCUCGUUGGAUUUCAACUUUUUCGGUAUGCUGACGCUCCGACAAACACUUCCAAGACCAAGGAAAGAAGUCUGGUGUAUCAGCACCCUACACGCAUUGGGGAUAAGACUGUGAAGUUUGUUAUGCAACACGAUAUAUACAGUCUUGGUGUUUGUCUCUUGGAAAUUGGCCUCUGGCGAUCACUUGUUGAACCUCACGGUGCUACUCCCACGUUAUCACCAGUGUUCACUAAUAGUGAAGGACGUCUGUCGGAACUAGGCCCACAAGCUAUCAAAGAGCAGUUGAUACACUUCAGUCGUACCGAGCUGAGAAUGUGCAUGGGCGAUAUGUACAGCACGGUGGUUGAGACCUGCUUGACGUGUCUGGACGAGGGUAACAUAGGCUUCGGUGACCCCCAAGACUUUGAUUAUCAGGGAGGAGCCGAGGUUGGGUCGCAAUAUGUCGAAAAGAUCAUGAAUCCAGUAGGCGCGCUUUGUUUUUGA